GUUGUUCAAUAUUUGAUUGAUAUAACAGGAAAUUGUGUUAUACAUCAAUAUCGAGAUUCCUACCCUAGGGCAUAAGACAGCAUACCGGUGAUUUUACUAAUUUUACUAAUUUAACUCUCACGACUGUUGAGUUAACUUAAUUACCGGUCAUUGCCUUUGGGCAUUAAUGUAUAUCGAAGUGUCAUUUGAUUGGAUGGUUGUACAUGUAGUUCUGGGAUACUGAUUCAGAAGUCUUUGUUUUGGAGAUAAGUUCAAAUUAGUGACUAAGAGCACACAAUUAUACACCAAACACUUUGUAAUGAUCUUCAAGCUGUAAAAAAUACAGCAAAUGUGAUCGGAGUCAGUAAUCAUCUAUUGAAGAUUUUUGGUACUUGAAGUUUGUGAAGCAAUACUAUAAUUGGUAAUUUCAUUUUCAUUGUUAACUUCUUCUAACAAAUAAAAGAUAAUUGCUCUCAUUUGGACAACUACUGUGAAACGAUUGCCAUAUACAAAACUUCAUGCCAUUGAAGUAAAAGUGGGGUAAUUAUCGUGCAAUUUUAUGUAUUUUGGACAUAUUUUGUACGGUAGUAAGGCCAUUUGAAACCGAUUAUCAAGGCUGAGAGUUGGUUUGGAAAAGGUCACCAGUGCUGAAAUGCUCUAGCACAUUACUUUUUCAAGCCAGUAAUUGGAUGAGUUUUCUGUCACCAGAAAUUUCUGUUGCAAAUCUAUUUGUGAAAGUUCCACAGACAUUCAGUGUGUGUAUUUGGUAUCCAGAGACUGAAAAGUAGACAAACAUUUGACACAUACACCGGGGUUUCGACUGUGAAUGAAUACGGGUCUCUCAUGAAAACCCUCAUAUGGGAGCCUACUUGCCAUCUGUGAAGUGAUGAGCUGAUUUAUUGAGUGAUUACACGGAGAUAUUCAUUGGCGAUACAUUGUAACUCUUGUUACUUGUUCUCUAAUACAUGUACUUAUUGUUUGUGGACUGGCAGUGCAUGACGUGUUGUUUUAAUGGAAGUUAUUGAACGGUAAACACCACUCUGAGGUCCCUAAGGUGUCUCAUACAGGGCAGCACAAGAAUAAACCAUAUUCCGGCCUUCUGAUCAAGGCGUGACGGGACGUGGCAUUUCCCUGGAAACUUGGUGACAAAUCGUGUAAAAAAUUCAUGGUACAGCUGAACACUCUAUGAUUUCCUAUGAAAAGAAUACUCUGGCACUAGAUGGCAUUUGUGUAUCAGAAAAUUGGAAUAUACUAGGACUUUUGAAUCAGUAAAUUGAAAGCAAAGUAUAACAAAGCUUGUUUCUAUGUGAAACUGAAGUUUAUUUAUACUUUAUAAAGUGUUUGUGACAGUUCAAGAACUGUGUCAAUUUGAACUUGAUAAAGUUGAGUUUGUGUUUUCAUUGUUACAUAUCCUCACACCAUUUUACGUGACGGAGUUCCGGUCCUCCGUCUGAUCCAGAUCGAUGAUUGAAGCACAGAGUUUUGACUCCCUACUGACUGAGCCGUUGAUCGUGCACUCACCUGCUGUUCAGUCAGUACCACAGUUGACUAAGAUUGCCGUUGCACCGUCCACAGCUCUCAGUAUAAAUACCGGACUCACUGGUCUAGUUGCUGCACCGCAGUACGCCGCUCCUGCACCCACACUAAAAGCCGUUAGUGGUUUACCGACAACAUCACGUAGAUUUCUAGGACCCGGUCUCACAAGGAUGCAUCCUUAUUAUUACGUGCAGUAUGUGCCGCUGGACCUUAAGCAGAAUCUGGAAAUGAAAGUAAAUUGGGCCACAUCACCUAGCAAUGUUCCAAAACAGGACACUAGCAAGCAUUUCCAUAUAUUUGUUGGAGAUUUGAGUCCAGAUAUAGAAACACAUCAACUGAAAGGUGCCUUCCAAGUAUUUGGUGAAAUUUCAGACUGCAAAAUAAUCCGUGAUCCCCAGUCACUCAAGUCAAAGGGCUAUGGCUUCGUGUCGUUUGUCAACAAGCAGGAUGCGGAAACUGCAAUAAGCAGCAUGAAUGGGCAGUGGCUGGGAAGCCGACCAAUCAGAACCAACUGGGCCACUCGCAAACCACCUGCCCCACCCACCAAGGAAAAUUUUCAGUCGCAGGGAAGAUUCUUUUCAAAUGUAAAACAGUUAAACUUCGACGAGGUGAUGGCCCAAUCCAGCGCAACCAACUGUACCGUUUACUGUGGAGGCAUUCUCAAUGGCUUAACAGAGGAUAUUAUCAAGAAAACAUUCACUUCCUUCGGAAAUAUACAAGAAAUCAGAGUGUUUAAGGACAAAGGCUAUGCUUUUAUAAGGUUUGAUAAUAAGGAGAGUGCAGGCCAGGCAAUAUGUGGUGUUCACGGUCAGGUGAUUGCCGAGCAGCAGGUGAAGUGUUCGUGGGGCAAGGAAAGCAAUGAGCAGUCCCAGUCCUCCUCAUCAGGAAUGAUGGGAUCUACAUCGCCACAGCAGUUUAACGGCAAUGGUAUGGGUGGUAACAUGGGAUACAACAAUUAUAACAUGGGAUACGGCAAUUACUACCCCGGAUACGGUGGGCAACAGAGCUACAACGUGCAGGGAGGAUACGGCGGAGCAGGAUAUGGCUAUCAGUAUGGGAGUAUGCCGGUGCAGGGUCAGUGGGGAAUGCAGAUGCAGCCCGGUCAGGCAGCCCCCGGGUACGGACAGGGAGGAUACCAGAUGGGCGUGACAAGCCCAGUGGCUUUAAUCCGCCCCGCCCCAUGAUAAAACAACUGUGACCAAUGACAACGAAAGAAAGACGACACGAGGCCACCUUCGGAAGAUUCUAGAAGCCAUGAUGAUAACUAUGACCAACCUCAGCGUAAACGACCACGAAGGGACACAGAUAGUGACUAUUAAGAGUCAUCCACUCACCUUAUUUCCCAAACAUCCUAAUUCUUCAUUUCUCUGCAUGUCCUGAGAAAAACAUGAACUUGGUAUCUGAUUACUUUCUAUGAAACCAACAUGAUCAUGGAAAACUGAACAUGAAAGUGAAUUAAAUUUAAAUCAAUGUUGCAGAAGCACAUGAUGACUCCAAGCAUCUGAGUGAAUUGGAUGUUUUUUUGGAACCUUCAUCUGAAUCACGAAGAAGCUUAUAUCAUAUAUGGAAAGUGGAUUGUCAUUAUGCUCUCUUUAUCCGAAGGUGUAGAUUAAAAAUCUACAGGGCUAAAACCUUGUGUUGUCUUUAGAAGACUGACUUUCAAGGCAGAUGACUCAUGAUGCUUAAUGUGCCUUUUGAGAUGAUUUAUCGUUAUAGAAAAAAGUAAAUGAUGUUUCCAAAUCUUAAUAAAUAACUGUGCUUCAUAGUCACAUUGUUCAACAGGGACUUUACAGGUUUUAGGAAUGCUUUGUAUCAAAGUAAACAGACUAUAGAUAUAGAAGAGACUUGUAUGUUUAAGUGUGUAUUUCACUAUAUAUUUCACCGAGUGAACACCAAAGGCUUCAUUCAUGAAUGGUGUAGCCAAGAGGAAAAUAUUUACUUGUGGUGUUCAUGAGGUGAAAUGUUUGCAAUCUUACUCUGAAACAUGAAACAUUAUCUUUUUUAUCUUAUGCCUACAAAGGAUUUGCAAUGACAAAUAAAUGUAUUUCUUCAAUUUUAUCAAAUCUAUAUUUUUAACUGAUGGAAACAUUGAAUGCAUAUAAUAAAAGAGUAUUAAAUGGCAUGUAUUUAACUAUUAUUCUGAUUUCAUAGAAGCUGGCAUAGCAAAGGGCAUAUAAAGUAGCUUUGGUCAUCUGUGAUGGAAAAUUCCUGGAGUUGGGCCCCUUUCUCAAGAGGUGCAGUUCUUGAAAAUAAGGGGUCACUCCUUUGCUUUUGCUGUCAUAGUAACGUAUGACUCAAGGCACAUUGUUCAUCUGUAUAUAGUCAUGGAAAAAAUUAUGAAGAUGCAUUGUUGAAAUUGUUGAUAUACCUGUAUUAAAUUAUGUUCUGUAAUAUAGCAUGUGUUGGAAGUAAGAAUGUUAUGAAGGUGUAUGUCAACUAUUGCUAUGGUCAUGAACAUGUGUGGUGUGGAUGAUGACGGAAACUGAUUGCAAGCUGUGCGCAACCUUAUCACAAAAAUAAUGUAAUUGUGUAAUUAUGCUUUGAACGAUGAUAAUUAUUGUAUGUAACAGUUGUUGAUUUUGACGGAAAUAUUUUAUUAUUGGUUUUUUUUAUUGUGUCCGUGUUAUCCAUGUAAUUUUAUGUAGAUAGAAGAUGCCGACAUUUCAUCAAAUGUAAAACUAUAUUGUAUGCAUAUGGUCAUAUUAUGUGAUGCAGAUUUUUUACAUUUUGAUACAAAUUUCAGAUAUUUAAUAAAAGUUUGAGUGAAACUUGUACUCUGAUUUCACUGAUGAAUGUAUAAUGUACAGUAAAAGUAGAUUUUUCCACAAUUCCUAUAAAAAUGAUGUGUUUUUCAUGCCCUGAAACAAACAUGUAUGAUUGUAUUUUUCAGAAGCUAAUGCAACUUCAACUUGUCAGUUUAACACAUAAAAUCAGUGGGUUUGAAGAUGAAAUACAGAAGAAUUAUUCUUUACAAUACAACAAUGUUUUCACAUGAAUAAAGCAAAUUUUGACAAGAGUAAGAUAUGAAAUAUAAAAGAUUGAUGAAAUUUGAAUGUUGCAAUAUUUUCAUUCAGUUAUCUUCAGACAGUUACUAUACAUCUUUGUAAUAUGCAUCAUGUUGACAAGAAACAUAAUUUAUGUGACCCUCUGCCCAUUACAUGAAAACAACAUGUAGGUAUGAGAUGGACACGCUGAUGUACUAUAUUUAUUCAUAAAUGCUUUCAUUUUAAACUGUCAACUUCAUAUUGUUUUCAUUUUCUAUUGACAUAUAUAUAUUUUCAAAAAUUCCUCAUUGCAUAUUUCUGUUUCAUAUAAAAUCAUUGCACAGUUUGUAAGAUGGUUAAAACUCUCGACAUGAUCAUGUCACUUAUAAACCAACUAUAGUGCCAUUUUUGAUAUCUAUUUGUUCUGCCUGUAGUUUUCUUUGAUAUACUGAAGUUAGAAUACUCUGUGAGAUUAAAGGGUUUUGUUGUUUAUUAUUGCUGUCUCAUCAUCAAGAGUUUUAAUAUAAACUGUUUUCUCUGGGUAUCAAAAUUGUGUGUCAUUUUAUAUCAUUUUUAACAAGAAUCAAAUCUUUUUUAUGCAUCAAAAAAUCUGAUGCCUGAUAGAUCAUUCAUUGCUAUUGGCAUACUUUCAUUACAACUGUUCCAAAUGUCAUGUCAUUCCUGGAUGUUGAUGUUGAUAUUGUGUUUUUAUGUCCUCAAUGUGUUAGGCUGCGGUUUCAAGGUGUUUUAAUUCACUGUACAGUGGUGUUGUGUAUAUAGAGUCAUUGAAAAUUAUUUGUUUAUAUUCAUGAGAUAUUUGUGAAAUUUUGUUUCAAUUGGUGUUAGUCUAUAAGAAAAACCAGUAUGCAUUAGCUGACUGAGUAAUGUUGAGACGAACAAAAAAUCAUAAAAAAGAUACUUUUUAUAAUAGUUCAUAGUAUGUAUUUACCAAGAUAAAUGGUAUAAUAUGACUGCUUCAUACAACCAUUAUAAUUUGGUUUUGGUUAAUACAUGCUUAUAACCUGACCUAUUCAGUGUCUGAAAUUAUAUUUUCAUCUACUAACCACUGACUUCUCCCAUGUUUUUAACCGGCUCAGCUAUCUUUCGUUAGCCAGAGAAUGCCACAGAUUUGUGUGAUUUGCCUCUUUUUUAUGAUUAAAGUGCAGACAUAUUGGACCUACUGUUGAUUAAUAUGAGCUGGAGGGCACUGAAUGCGCAAACAAUUUAAUAAUGUCCGAAUGUUGCAUAGGGAAUUUUCUUGACUCCAUUAUGGGUAUCAUUUUGCAUUUUUCAUUGAAUCAAAAUAGAUGUUUUUACAUUUUAAACAGUUUGCAUGGAAAGUUGUAGACCUUGAAGUCAAUCCACUUAUAAAAUUUUAAUUGUGAAUAACUUCAUUGUUUUGGUUGCAGAACUAAGCAGUAUACCAGCACCUGUCUGUUAAACCCCACCACUCGUGUAGGUUAGUCCUGUUUUUACAGUUAAAAAAUGCAUCCCUUUAUUACACUCCAUUUAACAAGAUUAAUGUAAAAAUAGCAAGUUGAUGCUGAUAUGUAUACUUAUUUUUUUAAAUACUGCCAUCAUAAGACAAAAUAUAACUUCAAAUACUACAUUUAUGAAAUGUUAAGCUCUAGUUUGCUUAGGCAAGACCGACUAUGUACAAUCAUGUAUGCUUGACACCAAUAUUUGGAAUUAUUAGCUAUGUUCAUGUAUUAUAAUUUUAAUUUGCUUUUAAAAACACCUUUUGUAACAGAAACCUGUGCUCUGACUCAUGUUAACAUGUUUGUCUAAACAUUAUUCAGUUGGUAUGAAUUUAUGUUGAUUACAUAGACUCUUCUAUCAGUCAUUCCAUAACUUUGUUGGGUGUUUACGAAUUUCCCAGAGAUCAUUCAUGCCAAGACUAUUUGGUUUUUAGUAUUAGUUAUGCAUGUGCACUCUUGUUGCAAUGCGAGAUGUUAGUUUUCUACAAAGUUAAGGAUUGCAGUAAUUUUGUGUCUAUUGUUCUUGAAAGAGGCAGAUAUCAUGUUCAAAUUGAGUAACUUUCUAUGUACAGUAAAACAACAGUUUGUAUUCUUAUGGUGUAAACUAGUGUUCAAAGGGAUAGAACACGUAAACUUGGAUGCAUAUUUCAUACAAAUAUUUCUCAAUAAGGAACAUAAAUUAGUUUUAAACUGUCAUUGACAAAUGUAUAACAAUUAUACUACAUUUUUAUGUGAUGAAAAGAAAAAUGAUUUUUUUUUUUUUUUUAAACAAGGUUAUAAGGCCUAAAAAAAUUUAUAUGUUUGUUUCCGGUUUCCUGCCCCCCAAAAUAGGGUAGGUUAGUUAGAAAAAAAGGAAUAUUUUUUAUUAACCAUUUAUUUAAGUAAUAUUUUUCUGUCACCAAAAAUUAGAGGCUAAAUGCUUCAGGAAAUUAAUACACUCAAUAUUAGCAAAGCUGGUAUUGCUUAAAGCCAAAUACACUUCAUUUUCAACUUUUAAUAGAUUAAAAUAAAAAAAAUUCUCAAGGCAAUAAAAAAUAAAAAUGUCAGGGGUCGGGGGAAAAUAGGGUAGGUGGGAAAUCCGGAAACAAACAAUUUCUUUUAAGCCUAAGCCAUAUUUCUUUGCUUGUCAACUUACUUUAGGCUGAUCAACCUUUAGGCUGUAUUUGUACUCAAGUCUUUGGGCCAAUAUUUCUUAUGAACUGUACCAGCCUUAGGUUAUCAGUGUCAUAUUGUGUAGAAAUCCGUGCUUUGUGUACAUGUGCUGUCUGUAACUUCAGUCAUCUGUGUUAAUGGCUCAAAUACUGUAAAGUCUCUGAUAAAUCUUGGUUGUAACAUACUGGAAUAAAUGAUGAUAGCGUGAAAUACAAA